AUGGUUAUUCAUACACCUACUCCAGCAGCUCCACACACGUAUCAAACGAGAGCUAGAGGCAGAGGCAGAUUGUCAACAACGCCAACUGCAAGGAGCCCUGGCAAGACCUCUGAGGAUAGAAGCCCACCUGUGUUAUAUGCAGAAGGUGAUGAGAACUUGCUACAAGGUAUGAUUAGGUUAAGUGAUCCUGAGGCAGCAUCAGCUUUGGAGCAGUUACCAGAUGAGAUCAGUAAAUCUGGUCACAGGAGUGUUGAUAGGGGGCCACAUGGCAAGGAUUCUGCAAGUGGAGGCAGUGAAAAUGUUGAUAGGAUAAACAACAAAGGGUUUGGUGGUGCCAAACCUAAAAUAUCAGAUGUAUCAUUAGGACAGAAUCCCCCUAAUCUAGCUAAAAGUAGAGUAAAAAAUGCUGUAUAUUCCACAGGACUAGGGCAUAAGCAAAAUGUGAAUGUUUUACAAAAUAAGAAUUCAACGGGGGAUCCAAUCUACCGAAAAGUUGCAGUGGUUGAAAACUUCUUCGACAUCAUCUAUAAUGUUCAUGUCGAUUUGGAAGGGCGCCCAGGAAAACAUGCGGGACAAAAACGGACCUAUCGAACGAUAACCGAGACGUACGCCUUCCUGCCGCGCGAGGCCGUCACCCGCUUCCUGCUGGGCUGCACCGAGUGCCAGAAACGGCCACGGUCGCCGUCCCCGCCAGUGGCGGCGGUUGCCCCCCCGCUGCCGACGCCUAGCCCCAGCCCGACGCCGCCGACGGGCGUCGCAGCGCCGCUGGCCGGGCCGCAGGUGCCGCAUGGUGGAGUAGCGGCACCAGCGGCGCCGCCCAAGCUAUGGUCGCCCGUGGAAAGCCUCGAGACCGGUGGGGAGCCUCCCGAGAAGAAGAUGCUGCUGGGAGGCGACAUCGACUUCUCGCUGCCCAUCACCACCACCUACUUGAAGUACAUGAGGAGUUUGGGGUGUCGGGACGAGGACGCCUUCAAGUUCGAGAAUAGACAUGUGAGUUUGGCCAUUGAGCGAUUCUUGUGUGAGGCUAUUUCUCAUUAUUUCCACUGA